AUGAAAGAUCGGCUGGGCGCCUUGAAGGCGGCCCAAUCAGAGGAUGAUCAUGAAGAUGAUGUUUCUGCAAUGGAGGCUGGUAAUAUUGGGGGACAAUUUAUGGAGGAAUUUUUUGAGCAAGUAGAAGAAAUCCGUGGUUCAAUAGAAUUAAUUCAAUCUAAUGUUGAAGAAGUUAAGAAAAAACAUUCUGCAAUUCUUUCAAAUCCAGUUAAUGAUCCAAAAACUAAAGAAGAGUUAGAUGAAUUGAUGGCUGUUAUUAAAAAAACAGCUAAUAGUGUUAGAGGAAAAUUAAAAUUAAUAGAAAAUAGUAUAGAACAUGAUGAGAGUGGUGGUGGUUCUGGAGCUGAUUUACGUAUUAGGAAAACACAACAACAAACAUUAAGUAGAAAAUUUGUUGAAGUUAUGACUGAUUAUAAUAAAACACAGACAGAUUAUAGAGAAAGAUGUAAAGGUAGAAUUCAGAGACAAUUAGAUAUUGCGGGUAAGCAGGUUGGUGAUGAAGAUUUAGAAGAAAUGAUUGAAAGUGGUAAUCCUGGAGUUUUUACUCAAGGUAUUAUUACUGAUACACAACAGGCUAGGCAAACAUUAGCUGAUAUUGAGGCUAGGCAUAAUGAUAUUAUGAAAUUAGAAUCUAGUAUUAGAGAACUUCAUGAUAUGUUUAUGGAUAUGGCUAUGUUAGUUGAGUCACAGGGUGAAAUGGUUGACCGAAUAGAGUAUAAUGUUGAACAUGCCAAAGAAUUUGUUGAUAGAGCUGUCGCUGAUACAAAAAAAGCUGUACAAUAUCAAAGUAAAGCUAGAAGGAAGAAAAUAUUAAUUAUAAUUAUUCUUUUACUACUGGUAAUCAUUAUUGUAACGGGUAUCAUUAUAUGGGUAUCGGUAACAUCACAUGGUUCUGGUAGUAAAGUAUCAGCUUCACACUAUAAAUUAAGAAGAUAA